AUGAUUUUUAGUAAAGGAGGUGACCUAUCUAACUCAUUAGAGGAUUCUUCAGAGGAGAUUUCGUACGUCCCCAUCAAGCUUCUUGGCAGUGGAUCGUUCGGGGAAGCAUUUCUCUACAGGAAAGUUGAGGACAACUCUUUGGUUGUGUGGAAGAAGAUAGAUUUGAAAAAAGUUGAUGACCGAGUUAGGAGAGAAACUGAAAAUGAAAUAAAGAUAUUAUCCAUCUUGAGUCAUCCCAAUGUAAUCAACUACUACAACAACUUCACUGAUGGUGAGGCCAUGUACAUUGAGAUGGAAUAUGCAAAUGGAGGAACACUGCAUGGGAGAAUAUCAAGAGAAACUACGCUGUUUGGAGAAAGUUUGAUUCUCGAGUUUUUCUACCAAAUCGUAUCAGCUGUGGCCUAUAUGCACUCUCUAAACAUCCUUCACAGGGACAUCAAGUCCUUGAACAUUUUCCUGAUGAGGAAUGAUGUCGUGAAACUUGGAGACUUCGGGAUCUCGAAACUUCUUGAUUCAACUAAUCAGAUGCUGGAAACUUGUGUGGGCACUCCUUACUACAUGUCACCGGAGAUUAUCAAAGGAGAGAAAUACGAUGAGAAGUCGGAUAUUUGGGCAUUGGGAUGUGUCCUGUAUGAACUCCUCACUCGAAUCCGGAUAUUCCAAGCCACUAACCCACUCCAACUUGCCACGAACAUCGUGACAAUGGACAUCCCAAACGUCGAUGCCGGCUACUCCACCGACGUCCAACUCUUGCUCUACCAACUCCUUGAUAAGGUUCACGAGGAUAUGUCUAAAAGGCCUAGGGCUUCUGAAAUCAUGGCUCUUCCCAUUUUUGAUGAUACAAGACGUCUUAUCAGCAAUCGACUGAUUGAUUUGGAUUCAUCCCUAUCUUCGUCGUCGUCGUCGUCAUCAUUUUCCAAACAAAAAAGCGACAGCGGCUCCAUCAUAAUACCAGUCGUCACUUCAAAAUCCUGUGAGUUGUUCAUCUGGGGUGGGGGUAAGGUGACUCCACAGAAGGUUGAGUUCUUCACUAAGGAAAAAUGUCCGCUCCAGAACGCCAGCGGUGCAUCGAAGGUGAAGGGUCAGCUGGGUCAGGGGGACGUGGCAGCCUACAAGGCCCCCAGGAGGGUGCAGUUGAAUGCAUCUGAAACUGUCAAUCAUGUUGCAUGUGGUGACGAGUUCACUGUGUGUCUCACUGAGACAGGCCACUUAUAUUUCUUUGGAUCGAAUGAGUAUGGAUGUUCAGGAUUGGAUGGGGAGCCCUCGGAUAGUUCCCAUGCCAGCAAGGCUGCCAUCUCAGGAAGUUCAUCGAUGUUAUUGGUCCCUACUUUGGUGACCUCCCUGCUUGACCGACCAAUCAGACAGCUGUCCUGUGGAGCUCGUCACGUGAUAGCCCUGGCUGAAGAUGGUGACGUAUACACGUGGGGGUCUGGAGAAUUCGGAUGUCUGGGCCAGGGUGAUGAAGAUGAUCGUCACACUCCACACAAAGUAGAACUAGUCAAGGACAAACAGAUUCCCAUACUCAGAGUGCAUGCUGGUCUGGAUCGUACCAUUAUUAUAACGAGGGGUGGUCGAGUGUUUGCCUGCGGCUCAAACGAGUACAACAAAUUGGGACUGAAUCAUUUUGUUGACGGGGUCGUCAAGAAGCCGUUCGUGACUUCCUCCUCCUCAUCUUCCUCCUCCUCAUCUUCCUCCUCCUCAUCUCCACCGUCAGCACAAUGCAAUGUUGCAUAUGCGAUGAUGUUCACGCUCGUGUCGUCACUAUCAAGAUACAACCUUGUCGAUGCUGCCUCAGGAUUGCAACAUUCCGUUCUGUUAGACUGUCGAGGUCGUCUCGUGAGCAUGGGCAACAACAAGUAUGGCCAGUUGGGGGUGGGUGAUGCGAAGAAUAGGGCAGGAGUUAACUUGGUGGGAGGUGCCUUGGUGGGCAAGAAGGUUGUGAGGGUUGGAUGUGGGGACUACUUCACGGUGGCUUCUACGGAUGACAACAUGCUGUUCUCGUGGGGGUUGGGUGAGCACGGGAGGCUGGGCAACUCCUCCCUGCCCUCUUCCUCUCAUCCCAAGCCAGUGUUUGGCUCGCUGCAUACAGUGUCUCACGUGUCGUGUUCAGCCUGGAACGCCGCAAUAAUUGCCGAAAAAGUUCUCAAUCAAAAGGCAAUCAAACCGGUUAGCAAGUACCAGAGUAGCAAGAAUCCCAGCAGCGAAUACAGCACCACCAACGACAACAAUGACGAUGGCUCUAGUGAUACUAAUUACUCUGGGAGGAGUCGAGAGGUGACGAAUUCAUCAUCCAAUAAGAGCACAGAUGAAGACAUCAAUUACGAUGAUGCUGUUUUCAGUGCCGCUAAUGAGAAUAGGAAUUAUGGUGAUGAUGGGAAUACCACUGGGGGAAAUACUACUGAUUACGUUCCUGAUUGGUUGAAAGCUGAGGUUGAGUAUGCGGACGAACUGGAAAGACUGAAGAAAAAAGAAACAGCUGGAGAAGAUGGCUGUGAUGUGAACGAUACUGAUGAUGUGAGUAAAAAAUUAAAAAGUUUCGUUGAUGAGAUCAGUGAAUUGAAAGAGUUGAACGCUCAGUUUAAGGCGCAGUUGAUGGCGAAGGAUACAGUGAUAUCUGAUCAGCAAAAGUUGAUUGAAACACUUGAGACUGAAGUCGCCCUUUUAAAAAAUAAAAUUAUCUGAUUAUCAAUAGUCUACUGCUUGUUAUAUUUCGUGAAUUAUUUUAUUGGAAUCGUUUGUGUGAUUAUUUUUCUAGCUGAUAAUGUUAUCAUAUCGAGAUGACGUGAUAUACAUGUUUACCUGUGUUAGCUGCAUACGUACAUAGUCUUGCCUUUUUGUCAACUAUCUUCUGCUGCUUCAUAUUGUUUUCAGAUUUCUUAAACUGUCCUUACAUAUAUUUUAAUCGUUUUGUUUUUUUUAUAUUUCUAGAGUCAAAAUAUUGAUUGACGUCAUGUAUUUUUUUCAUGUUUUUCUAUUCAUAUUUUUGAUUUUUUUUUCAUAUAAAUUAAAUAUUCACACAGUGUCUGAUUAAUAGAAAUAUUAAUUAUGACAGCAGCGUCAAACCAUCAUUUUAAUUCUUACCCGAUAAACUAUGUGAUAAAAAAG